CUUUGUCUCAGAGCUCCCUUCAUACCUUUCCGCCACGCUGAUCGCUGCUCUCGUAGACAUGUAAUAAGAUGGACUCAGUCUGCUGACGACCUGAUUCUGCACAGAGUCGUACACAUAGUGGGCGUCGUGACUAGCACCUAGCAUCAUGUCGUCAGCAAAGCCAGCCACCAACAUGGCUUCCGAGGUCACGAUCAUGAAGACCAAGGCUGCCGCCAAACGGGGACUGAAAGCAAUUCCAGAGGAGACGGAGACAGUCUGGCCGAAACCCGAAUUCGGACCCAGCACACUGAUCGAUAACAUUUCUAAGGAAGGCAAGAAGGCUCAGGGCUUCAUCAUUCCUGCCGGAUCCAUGUUCCCACUAGGCUGUGCUAUACCGAAUAAUACCGUUCUGCAAUAUGGCGCCUACUUCCCACCUGGGACCAUGUUUCCAGAUGGCGUCUUAGUCCCCAUACACGCUCGAAUGGUCUCUGUGCAACCUAUCAAGACGCCUCAACCAUUGGGCGAUCCUUCGGAGCCAGUCUGUGUCAUCAUGUAG